AUGGCUUCUCAACAAACCUUCCUGACUCUCAAUAGUGGUAACAAAAUACCCCAACUCGGAUUUGGCACCAUGCUGUCAAUUCCACAUGAAGUAGAAAGGCCUAUUGUAUGGGCGAUUGAAGCGGGCUACCGGCACAUUGAUUGUGCGCACGUCUAUCAAAAUGAAAUCGAGGUUGGAAACGCCCUGAAAAAGAAGUUCGAGGAUGGAACCGUAAAACGCGAGGACAUGUUCAUCACUUCCAAGGUACUCAGCGGUUGUGGCCUUACAGAACUGACAAUAGUUGUGGAGCGAUUCACAUCGCCUGAAGGAUGUGCGCCCAGCUUGUAUGGAAAGUUUGCAAAGGUUGAGACUCAACUACCUGGACCUGUUUCUCGUUCACAUGCCAGUGUAAAGGAGGGUAUGCAGUUCUCCGAAUUUGAUAUGAAUAACAUUGAAUUUGACAACACACCGUUGGAGGAAACUUGGAAGGGCAUGGAAGAGCUGGUUGAACGCGGCCUCGUCAGAUCGAUCGGUGUGUCCAACUUCAACAAAGCUCAAAUUGAUCGGAUUCUGGCCAGCUGCUCCAUACCCCCUGCGGUGAAUCAAAUCGAAGUCUCUGUGAAUUGGCCGAAUCAAAAAUUAAUCAGAUACUGUCAGUCAAAAGGUAUUCACAUCACGGGCUAUUCGCCUUUCGGUGUUCCGGGCAUUAUGCAGUAA